AUGAUAUUCGGUGGCAAAUCUCAAGAUAUAAUCUUGAAUAAUGUACCUUACACCUUGGAAAACACUGCGAGGUUUCAGGGCCCUGCUGAAGAAGAUUUUCCCGCAGAGAAUGUUCGAAACUCACAAUCUAGGACCGUUAUAUCGAAUAGACAACUUUCAUUCCUUCAUGCAUAUCGUUUGAGCCCGCUUAAGUCUGCAGUAGUGGUCGAAUGCAUAGGAACAUUUCUUUUUGUACUAACAGUAACAUUAUGUUUCACGUACAACCCCGAGGUAGCGGCUAUUGGCAUCGGCUUCCUUCUCACUUCGUUAGUCUUCACAUUUGCUUACAUCAGUGGGGGGCAUUUUAACCCCAUGGUUUCAACCUCAAUGUGGUUGUCAAUGCCGUCAGACCAGGUGCACAAUGCCUUUGAUGGUUACCGACUCUUACUUUACGUCAUAGCUCAGUUGGUAGGCAGCACGCUGGCAGCUCUUUGUUACUUACUGUUAGAUGAGAACGACUUUGCUAUUCUAAAAGAGGACGAGAGCUUCGCCCAGUUGAUUCGAAACUUUUUUGCGGAGUGCAUUUUCACAUUUGUACUCUGCUCCACCGUGUUACAUGCCCAGGACGAGAAUGCGUGGCGGAGGGUUCAUCUUCACGGGCUUGGAUCCGGCUUCACGUUGGUGUGCGGAGGGCUAAGCAGUAGGUCUGUGUCCCGCGGGGCUCUCAACCCCGCCAUUCGGACUCCUUUCUUCGGCCUGCACUUGCUCCUCCACGGCGGCGGGGGCAGUCUCUCUGUGCUGAAACAGGCCGCAGGCCUGGGCUGGGCCUCGGGCCUAGUCGGGGCCACCGCGGCCGCUUUGGUGUAUCUAUGCGUUUCGAAGAGAAAGAAAGAUGACAGACACCCACGCAGAGAGGUAGGCCGUGGCGAGAGGGACAGUGACAAAGGUGGUAGGGGUAUGGGGAUAUUUGCGGAGGGGGUUAGAGUACACUUUGGAUAA